AUGGCCGCCUCUGCCUCCAACGGCGGCAGCGCUUCGCGCGCCGAGCGGCCCGUCGUGCUCUGUGGGCCGUCGGGCGUCGGCAAGUCGACGCUCAUCAAGCGCCUCUUUGUCGACCACCCCGAGUUCGGCUUCAGUGUCUCUCACACGACGCGCAAGCCGCGUCCCGGCGAGACGGACGGCGUGUCGUACCACUUUGUCUCGCGCGACGACUUCCACGCCGCCGUGCAGCGCGGCGAGUUCCUCGAGCAUGCCGAGUUCGGCGGCAACUGCUACGGCACGACGGCAAAGGCCGUGCAGGACGUGCAGCAGGGCCAGACGGGCAAGAACCGCGCGCUGCUGGACAUUGAUACGCAGGGUGUCAAGCUCAUCAAGGCGAACCACCCCUACCUCUCGCCGCUCUUCGUCUUCAUUGCCCCGCCGCGUCUCUCCGUGCUGCGGCAGCGGCUGGAAGACCGCGGCACCGAGACGCCCGACUCGCUGGCGCGCCGCCUGGCCAUGGCCGGCGGCGAGCUGGCGUACGCGCGCGAGGCGAGCAACUACGACGCCAUCAUCGUCAACGACGACCUCGAGCGUGCGUAUGCCAAGCUCAAGGCCGCCGUCGAAGGGCAAGACGUGCCGCAUGACGAGCUGCCGCCCGUCGAGGACGAGGAGCGCCAGGCUGCCUAAACGGAUGUUCCGCGGCUUCGCAAAUAGAUCUGUCACCCACGU